AUGGCAACUAAUGGAACUAAAGUUGCUGAUGGACAGAUUUCCACUGAAGUCAGUGAAGCUCCAAUAGCUAAUGAUAAACCGAAAACCCUGGUGGUAAAAGUACAAAAGAAGAGAACAAUUGACACUGAAAGAGAUACAUGGAAUGGAAGAUUUGACUUUCUUAUGUCUUGUGUUGGUUAUGCAAUAGGGCUUGGAAAUGUUUGGCGGUUUCCAUAUCUUUGUGGAAAAAAUGGAGGAGGGGCUUUUCUGAUUCCAUAUUUCCUAACUCUAAUUUUUGCUGGAAUGCCACUGUUUCUUUUGGAAUGUUCACUGGGACAAUUCACAUCUAUUGGAGGCCUUGGUGUAUGGAAACUUGCUCCAAUGUUUAAAGGUGUGGGGUUAGCUGCUGCCGUUCUGUCUUUUUGGUUAAACAUCUAUUACAUUGUGAUCAUAGCUUGGGCUAUAUAUUACCUCUACAAUUCUUUUACUACAGUCCUUCCAUGGAAACACUGCGAAAACUCCUGGAAUACAGAAAAAUGUUUUUCAAAUUAUAGCAUGGCAAAUACAACUAAUAUGACAAGUGCGGUUUUAGAGUUUUGGGAACGAAACAUGCAUCAAAUGACAGAUGGAUUGGAAAAACCUGGACAGAUUAGAUGGCCGCUAGCAAUCACGCUGGCAAUUGCAUGGGUCCUUGUUUAUUUUUGUAUCUGGAAAGGUGUUGGGUGGACAGGAAAGGUAGUAUAUUUCUCUGCCACAUACCCAUACAUCAUGCUGGUCAUAUUAUUCUUCAGAGGGGUGACACUGCCAGGCGCCGUAGAUGGAAUUCUAUUUUAUAUAACUCCCAAUUUCAGCAAACUUUCUGACUCAGAGGUGUGGCUAGACGCUGCCACUCAAAUCUUUUUCUCUUAUGGUUUGGGACUUGGCUCUCUGAUAGCCCUAGGAAGCUACAAUACAUUUAACAACAAUGUUUACAGGGAUUCCAUUAUAGUCUGCUGCAUCAAUUCUGCCACAAGUAUGUUUGCAGGAUUUGUUAUCUUCUCCAUUGUUGGAUUCAUGGCACAUGUUACUAAAAGACCUAUAGCACAAGUCGCUGCAUCAGGUCCUGGCCUGGCAUUUUUAGCUUAUCCUGAGGCUGUCACACAAUUGCCUAUAUCUCCCUUAUGGGCAAUACUAUUCUUCUCAAUGUUGCUGAUGCUUGGAAUUGAUAGCCAGUUUUGUACAGUGGAAGGGUUUAUUACAGCUCUUGUGGAUGAGUUUCCAAAAUUGUUACGUACCCGAAGAGAAAUAUUCAUUGCCAUUGUAUGCGUCAUUUCCUAUUUGAUUGGAUUGUCGAACAUCACUCAGGGUGGAAUAUAUGUAUUUAAGCUUUUUGACUACUACUCUGCCAGUGGAAUGAGUCUUCUGUUUCUUGUGUUCUUCGAGUGCAUCUCCAUAUCCUGGUGUUAUGGUGUUAACAGAUUUUAUGACAAUAUUGAGGAAAUGUGCGGCAGCAGACCUUGUAUAUGGUGGAAACUCUGUUGGACAUUUUUCACCCCCAUCAUUGUAGCAGGUGUGUUUCUGUUUAGUGCCAUUCAAAUGACUCCACUUACCAUGGGAAGUUAUGUAUUUCCAUCCUGGGGCCAAGGUGUUGGAUGGUUCAUGGCACUGUCUUCAAUGAUUUUGAUACCAGGCUAUAUGAUCUAUCUGUUCCUCUCUCUUAAAGGUUCUUUAAAGCAGCGACUUCAAGUGAUGAUUAAGCCAAGUGACGAUGUUGUUCACUCUGAAAAUGGACCAGAACAGCUGUCACAGAGUAAUUCUGCAAACAAAGAAGCCUAUAUAUAAAAUACUGUAUUGCAAUGAUGCAGUUUUUAUGAUGCUUUGAAAAAUAUGGUUGAUAGGACCACAAAUUUACAUCUGGAAUAAAGAAUUUACCUACCUCCAGUGGCAAAAAGGGACCAUCACCAGUAUAGCACAAGGAAAUCAACUCGGUUAUUUUCAUACUGUUUUGUGGGAUAAUAUGAUGAAAUGGUUUGUGUCUUCAGGCAAACUAGACUGUUAAUGUUUUUAUCUUUCUGCGAGAGUUGAAUUUGUAAACCAUUUUUAAAUCUAUACUUGGCACAGAGAUUUGAAAAUUUGUGUG